AUGAAGUACCAGGACGAAGAGGGCGACUGGCCUUGCUCCCAGAGCACUACAAACUUCGGUGAUGAGCAUCGCCACCACACAUACCAGCAACGCUGGAACAUUUUGCACCAUCAGCGCAAUAAUCACCAGCGCCAUCGUAAUGAGAUUGUCAGCAUCAUCAUCGUCAGCGUCGUCACCACCAUCAGCAUCUUCAUCAUCAUCGCCAUCGUCAUCUUCAUCAUCAUCCUCAUCAUCCUCAUCAUCACCAUCAUGAUGAUGAUGAUCAUCAUCACCUUCAUCAUCAUCGUCGAAUUCUUCACCAGCGACGUUCGCAGCGUUCUUGACACGGGCAGCACUUCGAUACGUGCGCAGAGUAUUCUCCGCUUGGAGAUCUGCGGAGAUGGAGGCCCUUCUUCGGCUCCUGCGACCCCGCGCAGCGACACCUCGCUGGGAUCCUGGGAGGCCGUGGACUUCGAGGAGGAGGACGAAGACAUUCAGAUGGCCGGGGCCUUCGCACGGAUCAUGACCGCUGCCGAGAGUGCCGUGAAGGAAGCACCGUCUCCUUCGCAAUGGCGCCGGGUAACUGCCUUUGCCGGCAUUGCUUUGGCCACGUGUUUGCUGGCGCCCAUUGGGCUCUCGUGCGAUGCACGGUCUGUUUUGACCGGUGAGCUUUGCGCGCCAGUGGCCGACUCUGUCAGCUUGCGAGGACGGCGCCUACAUGGCGAUGGCAAGGAUCAUGACACGGAGCAUGCCAAGGAGCACGACAAGCAUGAGGACAAGGAGCAUGCAAAGGAGCACGACAAGGAUCAUGACACGGAGCAUGCCAAGGAGCACGACAAGCAUGAGAAAAAGGAGCAUGCAAAGGAGCACGGCAAGCAUGAGGACAAGGAGCAUGCCAAGGAACACGAGAAGGAUCAUCAGGAACACCAUGCGAAGCAUCACGAGGUCCACCAUGAGGUCCACCACGAAGUUCACCAUGUGUUCCACCAUCUGCACGACUCGGAUUCUAGCCCGACCUACAUCGUGCAUCACUACUACGGCGACCAUCAUCCGGCAAAUUUCUACGACGGUGGCUACUACGGUGGACAUGGGCUGUUCUCCGGAGGGACCAUCGACUGCUCCAACGCCGACAAUUGGUACUACUCCUGGGAUGCCCACAAGAAGCGCGUUUGCUGUCAGUUCGCACAUGUGGGAUGCCCUGGAACAUGGAGGGGAUCGCACCAUCACUAUGGCAGCUUCCCUAAUGGCAAGGGCCCCGCUUAUGUGGGUGACUUGGUUGGCUCUGACGCGAUCGGUGCUACCCACUGGGUGACCGCCGAUGGCGAUGAGUUCGUGAAUGGCAAGCGCCCCGCCGACGUGUCCGACCUCAUGACAGACUCCGAUUUCGGCACAGUCGAUGGCGAUGACUACAUGAACGGCAAGGGUCCUGCUUAUGUGGGUGACCUCAUGACAAACUCCGACACCGUCGAUGGCGAUGA